AUGACGACGCGGAUCACGCCGGGGGUGGGCGCUAAUCUCAUCGGGCAGCACGCGCAGGAGCGCAACCAAGACGCCACCGCCUAUGUCGGCAACCUCGACCCGCAGAUGUCGGAGGAGCUCAUAUGGGAGCUCUUCGUGCAGGCGGGGCCCGUCGUGAACGUGUAUGUGCCCAAGGAUCGAGUGACGGGGCAGCACCAGGGGUACGGCUUUGUGGAGUUCCGCUCAGAAGAGGACGCCGACUAUGCAGUGAAGGUGCUGAACAUGGUGAAGGUGUUUGGGCGCCCCAUGCGCGUGAACAAGGCCAGUCAGGACCGCCGCACUGUGGACGUCGGGGCCAACCUCUUCAUCGGCAACCUGGACCCUGACGUGGAUGAGAAGGUGUUAUACGACACCUUCAGUGCCUUCGGUGUCAUCGUCACCAACCCCAAGAUAAUGAGGGAUACGGAGAGUGGCAACUCCAAGGGCUUCGGAUUUAUCAGCUACGACUCCUUUGAGGCGUCUGAUGCUGCCAUUGAGGCCAUGAACGGGCAGUACCUGUGCAACCGAGCCAUCUCUGUGUCCUAUGCCUUCAAGAAGGACACUAAAGGGGAGAGACACGGCACCCCAGCAGAGCGACUGCUGGCAGCCAGCAACCCGUCCACCACGCGCCAUCGCCCGCACACCAUGUUCGCUGCAGCUCCCCCCUCCGCCCCCCCUCCCCCUCCCCCCUCCCGCCCGCCUCCACCUUCCAUCCCCCCUGCUGCUGCCGCCCCUCCCCCUCCUCGCCCAUACACCUCUCCUGCUCCCCCUGCGCCCUCACCAGCACCUUCCCCUUACCGCCCCCCUCCUCCCCCAUCCUAUGGCAGUGCGGGCGCGUCCCCUGCUCCCCCUUACUACCCCCCUCCCCAGAUGCGCCCUCCACCUCCGUCCCAACAGUACCCCCCCCACCAGAUGCCACCUCCUCCCCCUCAGCAUUGGCAGCAGAACCAGCCCCCACCCCCUCCACAGCACUAUGCUCCCCCGCCUCGCAUGCCCCCUCCUCCUCCCCAUGGAGCGCCAGGGGGGGGCUAUCCUCCCCCGCCCCCCCAGGGGGGAGCACCAGGAAGGGGGUAUCCGCCCCCUCCCCCCCAUGGAGCACCAGGGGGAGGCUAUCCCCCCCCUCCCCCUCAGGGCGGAGCACCAGGGGGGGGUUACCCUCCCCCUCCCCGCUACCCCACUCCUGGCGGCCCUCCCCCCUCCUAUCCCCCACCUGGCCAGGGUUACUCCAUGCCUCCUCCGCCCCCGCAACCCCACCAAGGGGGGUGGCGGCCGGGGCAGCCCCCCCCUCCCCCUGCACCUGGUGCAGGGGGAGCAGGUGGGGGUGGGCCAGGGCCGAGCGCUGCUCCGUCCCUGCGUGCUCUUCCUCUCAGCAUCACCGAAUCGCCGUCCAUGGCCCACGUUCAGUGCCUUCCCGUCUCCGUCCCACCCUCGCGAAUACCGCAUUCCGCCACGUGUCCUCCGGAGAUGACGUAUUCUUCAGACCUAGAUUCGUCGGAGUUUGUUCCCCCUGAGUUCGUGUGUCCGCUGUCGCGCGCCAUCAUGCGCGACCCGGUCAUCGCGCCCUCCGGCCAGUCGUACGACCGCGCAAGCCUUGACCACUUCCGCGCGCGCGGCGGCAUCUUCUGCCCCAAGACGGGGGCGUUGCUUGCGGACUGCGCGGUCAUCCCCAACGACGCGCUCCGCCAGCUCAUCGCCGCCUGGUGUUUCUCUCACGCCACGCGCGUCCCUCCCCCUGUCUCUCCCCCUCCUCUUUUCUCCGCGUCGCCCCUCGGCGCCUCUCCCGCCGCCCUCCCUGCGCGCUCCGCGCCAGUCGUCAUCAACGGGCUCGCCUCUCCCCCGCGCUGCGCGCCGUCCUCGCCGCUGCGGUCGCCCCUGUCUUUGCUCCAGCGCCGCCAUUCUUUCCAGCCAAACCGCAGCGCCUCCGCGUGCAGGGGACACGGUGACGAACCGCCAGCGUUAGACGCGGCGAGCAUGGCGAUUCCGCGGCACGUGGUGAACGCGGGCAGCAGCGGCAGGUCGCUGUGUCGCACCAUCUCGCCGCUCUCCGAGACCGCGUCGCUUGACUGGGCCGCCGCCGGCAGCGCCGCCAGCAGCCCCUCCACGCCCCUCCGCGCCUCCCACCAACGCCACAACCACCAGCUCGCCGCCACGUCACAGGACGACACACAUGACGUGGCGUUCAGCUCGUACCUCUCUGCCAGCGCGUCGUUCUCCCGCCUGCAGCCGUCGAAUCCCAACUCGCCACAAGGCAGUCGCCGCCGCAGCAAGGACACGCCCGUGCGAGAUAUGCGGCCAUUCGUGGACGCACUGCAGGAUGCUGACGUGGCAGUGAAGCGGGUCGCCGCGGAGGCGAUCCACGUGGCAGUGAAGGAGGCGGAGGAGAACCGCACACGUGUAGUGCAGGCGGGCGGCGUGGCGCCGCUGCUGGCUGCAGCGCGGUGCGAGGAUCAGGGCACGGCACAGCGCGCAUGCGCUGCCCUGCUGUACGUGUCACUGGCACGCGAGGGGGCGAGGGAGGUGGUAGCACGUGGAGGUAUUCCCGUGCUCGUAGACAUUCUGCGACCAGGAAGGGAAGCGGGCACGCAGGGAGAGGCGGCUGAAGCCACCAAGGCGAACGCAGCUGCGGCGCUCUUCACUCUGUCGUCCACCAAGGAGGAGCGCAAGCGCCUUGUGUGGUCUGCUGGGGCCGUGCCGCACCUGGUGCACCUGGUGCAGACGGCACACACGCCCCGUGCGCUCAAGGACGGGUGCCUGGCGCUGUACGGGCUGGUGGGGUUGCAGCAGGCGGCAGAGCAGGCAGUGGCGCUGGGAGUGGUGGCACUGGUGGUGGGUCUGCUGGAGAGGCAUGGCGAGGGCGUGGAGGAGAAGGCGGCGUCACUGCUGGCCGUGCUGGCUCGCUGCGAGGUCGGUGUGGCAGCCAUCGUGAACGAUGAGGAUGCGCUGCCUGCACUUGUGGAUGUGAUGGAAGGCAGCUCACAGCAUGCUGCUGACAAGGCAGCAUGCACGCUGCUGGCCAUGGCACGGCAUGGUGGGGAUGCCAUGGCUCGGAGAAUAAUGGCCGAGGGGUGCCUGCCUCCGCUGGCCAAGCUCGCAGCGAAGAGUCAGACAAGCUCUGAUUCCCGCGCGCUGUUGGACAUUCUUAGGAACUUGGGGCAAUGCAAGAAGUCGGGUUACCCGUCGUCCGGUUUUGAGCAGCAUCCGCCGCCCUCCGUACCAUCCUCGCAUGCUCCUGCCCUCCACCUCGAGACCUUCCCGCAAACACCGAGGCACCAGGUAACGCCGCCAGCGAUGCCCAACGCGCAGUACCGCCUGAGGCACCCGACGCGCUACGGCAAGCAGCCGGCGGUGCCGGCGGAGUUUGUGUGUCCGCUGUCGCUGCAGCUGCUCACCGACCCGGUCAUCACGGCGUCGGGCCUCACCUUCGAACGCGCCGUCAUCCAGAAAUGGUACCGCGACGGCAACCGCAUAUGCCCCGUUACUGGAUCGCGACUAGACCACUAUCGGCUGUUUCCGAACCAGGCGGUUCGGCAGCUAAUCGCGCAGUGGUGCGACGCGAAUGCCGUGCCGUACGCGCCGGGCGUGCUGUGCGUGCGCGUGGACCUGCAGGGGCAGCAGGGGACGGGUAGCUUUAGGGAGGGCUCUUCCCACUCGCGCCACGGCGGUCAGUCCUCAGCAGCCUCGGGCAAUGGUAGCGUUGGGCGGCAGCCGCUCGCGAACGGCGUGUAUCAGCAGCAGCAACAGCAGCAACAGCAGCAGCAGCAACAGCAGCAGCAGUCUCGGUUGCAGCAGCAGCAGCAGCAGCAGCAACUUCGCCAAUUCCGCGCGCAAGAAGCGGAGCUGCUCUCUCCGCGUAGCGGGCGCGAUAGCAAUCACAGCUCCCCGGGCGCACACUCCGCGUGUGCUGGUCUCCCUCCCCCAGGUCCUUCCUCCAACCAGUCGCAGCGCCCCAUCACUCCCCCUGGCACUCCGCCCAAAAGCCCCCGCGGUGCAGCCCCUUUCUCCUCGCAAGCGCGUACUCUCCCCGGCGCCUUUCAGCGCCCGCGGACUCCGCCUUCGGGGGCGGAAGAGCGCCCUUUCUCCCCUGCUGGCGGGGAUAGUGCUCCGCGCAACCCCCCUUCCGCUUCCCUUGCCGUUUCAAGAUCGGUCUCGGGCGGGGGAUCCGUGCAGCGCAUCCCGUCGGGGAAUGGCGCACAGGCGGUGCGGGGCUCCCCUGCUGGCGGAAUGGUUCCGCGCACAGCCUCAGGGGGUGGGGCGGUUCUGCGAGUGGUGUUGGGCGGGGGGGUACCGCGGGUUUCCUCCGCCGAAAGCCCCCGCGCGCGCGUUUCCUCAGCGGAGCGGAUAGGCUCCAGUCCCCUGUCAGGGGACGAGCUGGGGGGAGCAGGCGCGCGGAGACAAGCAGGCGGGCCCCCCAAUGGCGCAGGGCCUCCCCAGCCGCGGCAGGGGGCGGGGCCGAGACAUAGGGGGAGCCAGUCGCAGGUGCUGCGGGCGCUGGGGCAGGAGGGCGCGGGGGAUAGCAACUCUUCGGGUCUUGCGCGCUCGCACUCGCUGCAACCCAAGGCAGACGAUAUCGAAUCGCUCCUUAACGCGUUAGAGGACGACGAAUCAGACGGCUACGAAUCGGGCCAGUCCGAUGCGCUCUGGCGCUCCAACGAGCCGCUCCCCGUACCCCGCGUCGCCAGCCUCGGGGGAAGGGGGGCUGCGCGGGGACCUGGCGCGGGGAGAGGGGGGACAGGAGCGGGAAGGGGAGGUCGGGGAGGGAGAGGGGCGAUGGCGGACAGUGUAGGGCGGUCGGACAGCUUAGAGCGCGGCAUGAUGCGCGCGAAGCAGCAGGGCCACGCGGGCGUGCACGCGGACGGGUCGCUCCGGCUGCUCAACGGCCGCAACGGCAUUCCCUCGGGAAAGCGAUCCGCGCAGGGGGGUGGCGGCGGUGGGGGCGAGGGGGGGAAGACGGAGAGCGGGCUGCGGCGCACGUCGUCGCUGCAGUCGCAGGGGCUGCUGUCGGCGAGUCUGGGCAGCCUGGGCCUCGACGCCACGCGCGACUCCUUCCGCGGCGCCGUCGAGGACCUCGUGCCGCGCAGACCCGCGGGCGCGGGGGCGCGGGGGGAGGUCGCGCAGUCGCGGUUCGCGGGGGAGAGUGGCGGGGAGUCGUCGUCGGAGCGGGAGGCGCGGAGGGGCGCGCCCGGGCGGCCGGGGGGCGGCAUUCCGCCCGGCGCGCGGCUGCUGGCGGCGGGGCGCGCGAGCCAGUCGUUCCGCGACCGCGCGAGCAGCGACGGCAGCGACAGCGAGCUCAAGGCGGCGCUGCUCGGCGCCAUCCGCAGCACCAGCGCCGGCAGCCCCGCCGACGCGCCCAUGGCGGCUGGCGGGGGAGGCGCGGGGGGAGGGGGAGGGGGAGGAGGAGGGGGAGGCGGAGCAGGGGGUGCGGUGGCGAGCGGGCGGGCGAACGCGCUGCGCAACAUGGGCGCGGCGGGCAUGCGGUCGGCGUCGUUCCGCAUGGGGCGAGAGCUCUCCAUUGACGUCAGCAGAGGCCCCGCUGCCACGGCGGGCGCGGGGGGGGGAGCUGGAGCGGGAGGGGGAGGCCCGAGGCUGACGUUAUCAGGCAGCCUGCGCAGCCCCGUGGGGUCGUCGUCCAUGCGCGCGUCGCGCGACGGCGCCAUGGGCGCCAGGGCCGCCGCCAUUGACGCCGCCCUGCGCGCCGCUGCUCUGCCGCGUAGCCCUGCUGGGCGCUCCUCGUCGUCACUUCCGCCCAUCCGCGACAGCAGCAGCAGCAGCGCAGCAUCAGGGGAGUUGGGAUGGGGCGCGCCUGGGGUUCCGCGCAGCCCGGGAAGAGCAGCGCCCGCGGGCGCCAUGGAGGCGCCCAUUCCGCGUGCGGGUAGCCGGGAGGCCGCCAUGCAGCACAGUGGUCCGCCUUUAGGGGAUAGCCCCGCCAACGGCCACACUGCCCCCGCGCCCUCUGCGCGCCAUCCCCCUCCGCCGCUCGCCCUGCGCCGCGACCUAUCCAUGGACACGUGGGCGCUCGCCUCGCACCUCCCCGCGUCCGCGCCCUCCACCUCCGCAGCCCCCGCCCCCGCGCCCCACUCCCCCAUCCACUCGUCCGGGCCCCUCUCCCCCAUGCACGCAUCGGGCCCGCCCUCCCCCCGCCUCUCCUCCACACCCCUCUCCCCGCGCGCCUCUACGGACGACCCGUUCCUCUCCGCCCUCUCCAGCGUUAGGCGCGAGCAGCAGCUGUGGGGCGAGGGGGGGAUGAGCGGGGGCGAGGAGGGGGGCGGAGGGGGGCAGAUGGGCGCGGCAAGGGCGAGGGGCCAGCAGAGGGGGGCGUUGAGCUUGGCGCAGUCAGAGGGGGAGGGGCGCGGGGGGAGCGACUGGGAGAGUGACGGGUCGUCUGUGCGGCACAGGAGGGCAGCGGGGGCAGGGGCAGGAGGGUCGCGGCUAGGCAACAGGGAAGGGGGGGGAGCAGCAGGGGCGGGCACGGGUUCAGGGCGGAACCUGGGAGGGGCGGGGCAGGGGAGGCGGCAGCUGCAGCGGGGGUCGUCACAGACGGACAAUCGCGGGCUGGGCCGGGCGGCACACAGGGCACUGCACACCACCGCUCUCGACCCCACUGGACCGCCCUCAGGCAUGCCCCUUCCGGGCGGCGCACAGGGGCUGCGGCGCGCGUCCUCAUUGGCUGUGGUGGGCGGCAGCGGGCGGCAGCAGGGCAUGGAGGGGAUGGAUGGUUCAGAGGGGUUCCACGAGGUGGUGAGGGAGAUGAAAGCAGAGGGGGGGCGGGUGGGCGGAGGGGUGCGGCGCGGGGGGAUUGAAGCAGCAGGGGCGGAGCUGUCAGCGUCGCACCGCAGAGUGGCGUCGCUGGCAGUGCAGAGCAGCAGCAGCAGCAGCAGCAGCAUUGCCGUGGGUGGCCCCAUGGGCAGCUCAGGUGAGGGCCGUGCCGUGUCCCGGCGCCUGAGCGGCGGCAGCAAUGGCGGGCUGUCGUGUGGGCGCUCCGAUUACUCCCUGCCACCUGAUGCGUCCGCGCUGCUGGAUGAGCUUGAUGGCUCGGAUGGCAGUGAGCAGGGGGAUGUGGGGGAUGUGGGGGAUGUGGGCGGUAUGGGGGACCGGCGGGUGCAUGGGCAUGGGGGGUACGAGGCCAUGCAGGGGAAUGGUGGCAGUGGGGGACACAUGCCGCAGCACCAACUGCAGCAGCAUGCGCAGCAGCAGCAGCAGCAGCAGCAGCAGCAACAGGGGCAUGGGCAGGGGCAUGGGCAUGAGCAUGGGGAGGAGGUACCACAGCCACGGGUAGGCAGGGUGGGCGGAACCUUUGCAUGGCUGCGAGAGGCCCUCCGCAGCCCCCUCAAGAGCCCCAAACCCGCUGCCCCCGCCCCCACCGCACAACACUCCUCCCAAUCCAUCCCCUUGAGCCCCCGCUCCGCCCAACCCCCCCUGCCCGCGUGGGGCGCGGGCGCGCGCCCGGCCACGCCCCCCCAGGGCGCAGCAUACGGCAAGAGCGCCACUGUGCCCGCGCCUGAGCGCCGCAGCCUGUGGGGGGAGGCCAGGCGCGCUGUGGGGCUGGGGGAGGGCGGAGGGGGCAACGGGGGGAAGGCGGAGGAGGUGUACCGACGGUCGUCGUCCGAUCAUGGGGGGCAGGACGCGGUAGCCGCCAUGCAGUGGGCGCAGGGCGAGCGGGGGGAGCGGGGGGAGGAGCCUGAGGGGAGGGGGGAUGGGGGGCGCAGUGGAGGGAGUGGGAGAGGCGGGCAGGGGGUGCAGGGGCCGCAGGGAAGGGGGAUGGCGGUGGGGGGAAGGGAGGUGGGAGAGGGGAGGAGUGGGAGUCAGGGCAGCAGUGCGCACGAGGGGAUGAGAGAUGGGGGAGGGGGAGCAGGUGGACGGGGGUUGGGGGGAGGCGCAGGAAGAGGAGGGGGGCGAGGGGGGGAGGGGUCUACAGAGGGGGGAGGAGGGGGGGGGGGCGGGGGAGGGGAUGGGCCAAGGUGCGAGCCGUGUUCCCCCUGCAUGGGAAGGGCGCAGGGCGGGGGGUGGGGGGGAGAGGGCCAGGCAGAGGAAUGGGUGACGGGGGAAGAGGAGGAGGGGGGAGAGGAGACGGGGGAAGAGGAACUGGAGCGAGAGGAGGGGCAGGAGCAGGGCCGGGGGUGA